AUGAACUUACUUGGGGUUGCCACUGGGAGAAGAAAGGUAACAACUCUGUGCUUUCUACACCUUGGCAUCUAUUUUGGGCUCCACCUGCAGAGUUCACAAGCUGACGGCUUUUGGAUUGCCAAUAUUAACAUAUCGUUUCAAGUUGGGAAUCAGAUUGUAUGGGAGAUUGCAGAAAAUGGGGUGUUUGCCAAAGCUUCUCCUUUGAAGAAGGUGGCUGGCAUUCUGAUACCUCCGGAGGAGCCCCAUCAAAAUGCUUGCAGCUCUGUAACAAAUUUUAACAAGUCAGAACAUGCAGGGAGUUGGAUAGCACUCAUCAUGAGAGGGCAGUGUUCAUUUACCAAAAAAAUAAGCGUGGCUGCAGAAAAGGGAGCAGUUGGUGUGAUCAUCUAUAAUUAUCCUGGUACGGGUAACAAUGUGUUUCCCAUGUUUAACUUUGGAACGGAAGAUCCUGUGGCUGUUAUGAUCAGCAAUCUGAAGGGCAUGGACCUUCUUCGUCUAAUCCAGAAUGGCAUCCAAGUGAUGGCAACCAUUGAUGUUGGAAAGUACUAUUACCCAUGGUUAACCCAUUACAUGGGCACCAUUUUUAUUUUUUCCUCUGUAGCUGUGGCCUAUUGCACCUUUUAUUGUGCUGGAAAGCUACGAAGAACAAGGAAUUCAGCACAGAGAUGCCACCAGGAGCUUGAUAUUACUACGGCCAUAAAUCAUCUUGAGCUUCGUACAUUGAAAAAGGAUGACAAAGAAGUUGGAUCAAAUGGAGAGAACUGUGCAGUAUGUUUAGAAAUGUACAAGCCUAAAGAUGUAGCCCGGAUUUUGCACUGCGGGCAUUUUUUCCACAAAAUCUGCAUUGAUCCUUGGCUUUUAAAGCACCAAACAUGCCCUGUGUGUAAAUGGGACAUGCUUGGAACUGUGGAAGGCAUUACAGGUGAAGUAGAGCCAUUCAGUGUUCAGCUAUCGAAUGAAGCAACUUCUGUUAUCAAUUCUCCUAAUGAAGGUCAAGAAGUACCUGCAGGAAUACAGAAAGGCUCAAAAGCUCAGUCCGGGGAGAAAUGA